AUAAAACACCUGAAGAAAUAGCAGCUAAUCAAGCUAGAAUGGAGCCUGAAAAUAUCCAAAGCAUUGAAAAAACUGAUGGAAAGACUCACCCUAAAACUGAUGUAAGGCAUGAAAAAAAGAAAAGAGAUUCUCACAAAUCUCGAAGGAAAAUUGCUAAUGAAGACUCAACAAAACAAAAAGGUAUUUCAUCUGAAGGAUCCUCAAUGGCCAACAUAGAGAGCCCCAAAUCAACAUCCAAAGACACUGUAUCCCCUUUGACACCAUCUGCUGCACCUGAUAUUUCUGUCCUAUUGAACCAGCAAAACCAAGACAAGGGAGUUAAGUAUGAUAUGUUUCAACAAGCAAUGACUCCAUCUACUGAUGUAACAAUAAAGAAACCUCCUAUCAAUGCUGAUGAUUUGCUUAUAAAAAAAAGAAUGCUUAAGAAAGUUGAUCGUCAUUCAGAAUACAAUCCAGUGACUCUUUCAAGGAAAGAACUUUUUGAGGAGGAAUUUGAGAAAUCAGGAAAUAUACCACCCGAGUAUUUACCUAUUCAUAUUGUAAAGCCCAUCAUCAUCCAGCAGAACCUUUCUGCUGAUCUGGUGACCUUGAACCUGAAUGGAAUUGACCAGCUGACAGAUUUCCUGUUUGCACACUUGCAUGGAGGCGGCAUGACAACUGUUCCCAAAUUUUCAAAUCUAAAAAAAUUGAAUAUGGUUGGGUGCACCAACAUAAGUGAUCAAGGAUUAAUUUGGAUAACUCGUUUAUUUCCUGACAUACAAAUGCUGGAGGUGAAUGCCUGCAGAAAAAUCACAGAGAAAGGCCUGCACUAUUUGUUCAGUAAUUGCAACAAGUUGCAGAAUGUGUCUGCCAUGGCUACUAAUGCUGCCAUAAUUCCAGACUCAUACGAGAUUGUAUGCAUAUAA